UCCACCUUUUUCCCACGCUUAACGGUAGUGUUAUAUGUAGAUAAAUUACAAUACUUACAGUAUUUGAAGUAGCUGCACAACCAUGCUAAAUAGUAUAGUUUUGGCACACGGUACACAAAGACACUUCUGCCAUCAUACCGUAAUGUAAACUAUACUCGUAAACAUGCUAAUUACCAACCAUUUCGUUCGAAAAUUCUAAAACAACAAUGUUUUUUAUGUCUUUACCUGGUGAGUGAACCCUCUUGGAGCCACCCACCCAUCACACUCACAUCCAUUAAAUGACAGCCCGCUCCUUGACUUGCUAUCAGUGUAUGCCUUAUGGAACAGGGCCAUGCAAAGACAUAACGAUCUGUCCUCCUACUACUUAUUGUGGUAAUCUGAGGGUGGCCACUUUUGCCGGUGGACAGGUGAUCUCAGAUAUGGCCAUGAAGAGUUGUGUUGUGCCUCAACAAUGUAUAGUUGGUUCCUAUAAUGUGGGUAAGAUAAAAAAAGUAAUCAACAGCAAAUGCUGCAUGAAGGACGACUGCAAUAACGGGACAGUUGAAGCAUCCACUGGAGUUCCCAAUGGAAAGGAAUGUCACACAUGCAUUGGGAGUGACUGUUCAAGCAAACUGAAAUGUGAGGGAGAGGAAGACCGCUGUCUAAUAGCAAAACUGGAUGUAGAUGGUGAGAAAAUGACAGGGAAGGGCUGUGCCUCUAAGAGCAUCUGCACUAUGAAGAUGAGAGAUCAGAUGGAACAGGGCCUGGCGGAUAUGACAUGCUGUGAGGGAUACCUGUGCAACAGUACAGGAGAAGUUAACAGGAAUAGCAUAACAAUCAUGGUGUUGUCAAUAGCCUGCUUCCUCUUCUUACAUUAAAGGGACACCAGGCAAGCCUGAGGCUUUUUCUCUACUAAACUCCCCCUCGAUUGGUUUGAAGCUUUUUUCCUUUUCUUUGAGUCUUCUGUGAAGGGUUUUCGCUGCUUCUUCGCCGGCUCUGCCA